AUCUUCCUCUGCUUUUUGAAAAUUAUAAUGCCACUGCUCACUCUUCACAAUCUAAAACUGGAACUCCAUAGCCACCAUGAAAAGCCACUAUGGAAGCUCCCUUCAAGAUUGUCCAUAACAAAUUCCCAGAGACCCGAAUGCCAGUUUUCGCAUUUUUUGCCAGCGAACCAGAGUGUUGCCGCGGUGGUGUUUGGAGAAGGGUCACAGCAGUCGAGAUUGUAUCCAUUAACAAAGAGAAGAUCAGAAGGUGCCAUUCCAAUUGCAGGAAGCUACAGGCUUAUUGAUGCAGUCAUAAGUAAUUGCAUCAAUAGCAAUAUAACAAAGAUAUAUGCCCUUACACAGUUUAAUUCCACUUCAUUAAACUCCCAUCUCUCUAGAGCAUAUUCUGGUGGAUUACUAGCAAAUCAAGAAUUUCUAGAAGUCAUCGCAGCUUAUCAGAGUCCAGAAGACAAUAAUUGGUUCCAGGGAACUGCAGAUGCUAUGAGAAGAUGUUUAUGGGUAUUAGAACAGCAUCCAGCAGUCGAAUUUUUGGUCCUUCCAGGUCACCAUCUUUACAAGAUGGAUUAUCAGAAACUUAUAGAAGCACACAGGAAGAAUAGGGCCGAUAUAACAGUUGCUGUCUUGGAUAGCGUGAGCGAUCAGAAUACAGGUUUUGGUAGUUUCACAUUAGAUUCUGAAAACCGCGUUAUUUUGUUCCGAGAGGAACCAGAAUUGAUGCCUCUUUUUCAGGUUCAAGGCUCAAAGUUUAACGAUGGUUUUCAUAAAAAGUUUUCUGGUAUGGGGAUUUAUGUCAUGAAUAGACAUGUCAUGAUAAAGCUUUUAAAAGAAUCUUUCCCUAAAGCCAACGAUUUGAAGUAUGAAGUAAUACCAGGUGCAAUAUCCUUAGGAUUGAAGGUUCAUGCUUACCGGUUUGAUGGAUAUUGGGAAGACAUGAGAAGCAUUGAAGCAUAUUAUCAUGCAAAUAUGGAAAGCGCAAAGAAAACAAACAUGAAAUAUAACUUCUAUGAUAGAGAGUUUCCAGUCUACACUCUGCCAAGACAUCUGCCUCCAUCUCUAGUAACCGAGGCUGUCAUCACAGAUAGCGUCAUUGGUGAUGGCUGCAUUCUAAAUAGAUGCAGCAUCAGAAAUGCAGUCAUUGGGCCAAGAACGAGGGUUGGAGAUGGAGCUGUAAUAGAAGAUUCAGUAAUCAUGGGAUCUGAUAUCUAUCAGAGCGUACUUGAGCAGAACAUUUGUGGCACACACACAAAGCAAGCGAGUGUUCCAAUUGGUGUCGGGGAAGGUUCUUACAUAAAGAAAGCUAUAAUAGACAAGAAUGCGAAAAUUGGCAAAAAUGUUAAGAUCAUAAACAGGGACAGCGUGCUGGAAGGGAAUAACGAAACUGAUGGAUACAUCAUUACAGCAGGCAUAAUUGUUGUUGUGCGAGGUGCAGUGUUCCCAGACGAUAGCAUCUUAUGACAUCAACGAACAGAAAUCAAUCAUAAAAGACUUCUUUGAUCCCCAUCAAAAAAUACCAAAAUUGCUUCACAGACUUGAAGAUUUAUGGCUGCGGGAAACUAAAGGACAAACCUCAGAUGAUGCAUAUGCUGCUGGGAAUUUGAUGGAUUUAAGGAGAUUAAUGCUGAGAUUUCAGGAAUAGGUAUAGGAAUAGCUUUGGAUAUUGUGAAUUUGACUAAGAAGAAACUGGGUUUUUUCAUUAAUGAAAUUACUCGAGUGUUCUGUAAAGAGAGCACAUAAAUGUGAUUUAGUAACAU